GAAAGCUGAGCACAGAAGUGUUAGGGGAAGCACACUGAUUGAAACCGCCCACCCUGGUCAGGUACCAUAGUAACCAUUUGCAUGAGUUGUUUUAUGGCAGGAGAUCCUGAUAAGGAAUACGGAACUAAUAGGCCACCACCAGCCGGAAGAGUUCCGGAAAGAUCGAGAGGAGACACUACCUGUCCGUCCACUUCCCAGAAUCCCUCUUGCUAGCAUCCAUCUUGGCUGAGCGAUGCGUGCGCCACCAGGAAAGACUCUGAAUUAGAAUGAUUGGCCAAAGACCACCCGGAAACUAAUCCCAUCACCAUAAAACCCAAGACUGCGAGCCACGCGGCAGAGCAGUUCUCCUGGGUUCCCUUACCUACUGCUCUCCACUCGGGUGCCCUUUCCCAAUAAAAUCUCUUGCUUUGUCAGCACGUGUCUCCUCGGACAAUUCUUUUCCGAGUGUUAGACAAGAGCCCAACUUUGGGCCCUGGAAGGGGUCCCCCUUCCUACAACAACUGGCCACCACGAAGGGACUCCCCCAUUUCUACUGGGGCUGACAUCCAGACCGCUCGGGGUACUCCAGGACCAGCUCGCCUGCCGACGGAUCUGACCCAGCGGACGCAACUGGGACUCGUUUGUCCCUGGUCUCCUCCUGACGCAGACAACUGGCCAGGGUGCCCCAACCGGGAGGAAACGAUCCCGACAAACAUGGAUUAAUUGACUUGAAUGAAUGUCCUUCCUAUCAGGAGGAAAGUAGGACUAUAUUGGCGCCCGCGGAGACAGCGGAGGGAAACAAGGAGCGGAAAUAACGAACGUAAGCCUUCGGCUUUGCAAACCCGGCUGGCGCCUGGCGAGAGUAGAGCAAGUGGGUAUGCUGGUCAGGCUGGAGAAAUCAGGAGCAGAAGUCAGGGUCGUGGGCCGGGUCUCUAAGCGUCCGCAGUCCUGUAGAAGCCACCGCGGGUGGAGGGUCGGGGGCUGCCGUUUUGUAAAAAUCACGGAAACGGAAGGGACCUGUGUGGUCUGUGUUUCCUUGGUCCAGGUAGGAAAGCGGGUCCUUUGGCAGCGUCCUUUGCUCGCAUUUCUGUCUCCAGGUUCCUCUGUUCUGUGCAGCCUGGAAGAACUUCUUUAGAAGGUGGGCUCCUCAAAGCUUUUGAGACCCUAGAGUGUGGCUUUGCUCUCAGGGCCUGAGUGGUGCAGGAGGAUGCUUUCCCAGCCCCACCAUGGAGCUGCGCUGUGGGGGAUUGCUGUUCAGUUCUCGCUUUGAUUCAGGGAACCUAGCCCAUGUGGAGAAGGUGGAAUCUGUGUCUAAUGACGGGGAAGGAGUAGCAGGUGGGGCCUCAGCCUCCACCAGCAGCAUUGCUUCUUCCCCUGACUAUGAAUUCAAUGUGUGGACCCGACCGGACUGUGCUGAAACGGAAUUUGAGAAUGGGAACAGGUCAUGGUUCUACUUCAGCGUCCGAGGAGGAACUCCAGGGAAACUCAUCAAGAUCAACAUCAUGAACAUGAACAAGCAAAGCAAGCUGUAUUCCCAGGGCAUGGCUCCCUUUGUGCGUACACUGCCCACUCGGCCACGCUGGGAACGUAUUCGAGACCGGCCUACCUUUGAGAUGACAGAGACGCAAUUUGUGUUAUCCUUCGUUCACCGUUUUGUGGAAGGCCGUGGAGCCACCACCUUCUUCGCCUUCUGCUACCCGUUCUCCUACAGUGACUGCCAAGAUUUGCUAAACCAGCUAGACCAGCGCUUUCUGGAGAACAACCCUACCCAUAGCAGCCCUCUGGAUACCAUCUAUUACCACCGGGAGACCCUCUGCUAUUCUCUGGAUGGACUUCGUGUAGAUCUACUGACGAUCAGUUCCUGCCAUGGGCUUCGAGAAGAUCGAGAGCCCCGUCUAGAGCAGCUAUUUCCUGAUGCCAGCACCCCCCGACCAUUCCGUUUCACAGGCAAGAGAAUAUUCUUCUUAAGCAGUAGGGUACAUCCUGGGGAGACUCCAUCUAGCUUUGUCUUCAACGGUUUUCUGGACUUCAUUCUUCGACCUGACGACCCCCGGGCCCAAACCCUACGUCGCCUGUUUGUCUUUAAGCUGAUUCCCAUGUUGAACCCCGAUGGGGUCGUCCGGGGUCACUACCGCACAGACUCACGUGGAGUGAAUCUGAACCGUCAGUACCUGAAGCCUGAUGCAGUCCUACACCCGGCCAUCUAUGGGGCUAAAGCUGUGCUUCUCUACCACCACGUGCACUCCCGUUUGAACUCCCAGAGUCCCUCUGAGCACCAGCACAGUUCCCAUCUCCCUCCUGAUGCUCCCCUCUCUGACCCUGAGAAAGCCGACAGUCUCCAAAACAGAGCUCAUCUUGGGCGCUCAUCCAGCGGGGAUAAACCUGAGGCAUGGACACAGACUGAGGCAGCCGAGCAGAAGCCCAACAGCAUGUGGAUUAUGCCACAGGAGUCAGCUGAGGUGGAGCAACUGGCCCCCGAUGCCAUCCCCCCCAGAGAGAGCGGUGUUGCUUACUAUGUGGACCUGCAUGGACAUGCUUCCAAAAGGGGCUGCUUCAUGUAUGGAAACAGCUUUAGUGACGAGAACACCCAGGUGGAAAAUAUGCUGUAUCCAAAGCUCAUCUCCUUGAACUCAGCCCACUUUGACUUCCAGGGCUGCAAUUUCUCAGAGAAGAACAUGUAUGCCCGAGACCGCAGAGAUGGCCAGUCUAAAGAGGGAAGCGGCCGGGUUGCAAUCUACAAAGCCUCAGGGAUAAUCCACAGCUACACACUUGAAUGCAACUACAACACUGGACGCUCAGUAAACAGCAUCCCUGCCGCCUGCCAUGACAAUGGGCGUGCCAGCCCCCCUCCCCCGCCGGCCUUCCCCUCCAGAUACACUGUGGAACUGUUUGAGCAGGUGGGACGAGCCAUGGCCAUUGCAGCUCUGGACAUGGCGGAGUGCAACCCAUGGCCCCGGAUUGUGCUGUCGGAGCACAGCAGCCUCACAAACCUCCGGGCCUGGAUGCUGAAACACGUGCGCAGCAGCCGAGGCCUGAGCACCGCUGUGAGCGUGGGCGUCAGCAAGAGGAGAGGCUCUCGAACUCCACCCAGGAGUAACAACGGACUGCCUGUUUCCUGCUCUGAAAACACCUUGAGCCGCGCACGAAGUUUUAGUACUGGCACAAGUGCUGGUGGUAGCAGCAGCAGCCAACAAAAUUCUCCACAGAUGAAGAACUCCCCCAGCUUUCCUUUUCAUGGCAGCCGGCCUGUGGGGCUGCCAGGCCUGGGCUCUAGCACCCAAAAGGUCAGCCACCGGGUGCUGGGCCCCGUCAGAGAGCCCCGAAGCCAGGACAGGAGACGGCGGCAGCAGCCAAUGACCCAUCGCCCUACUUCAAGCAGCCUGGCCCCAUCCCCAACUCCUGCUAGUUCUAACCUAGCCUCUUCACACAUGGGCUCCUGCCUACUGCCCAACUCACUCAGCAUAUCAGGGAGCAGCUGCUCAUUCCUGUCUUCAGGAGACAAGACAGAGGCCGUCAUGGUGAUUGGGAAAGGUCUGCUGGGGGCUGGACCUCGGAUCCCCUGUAUUAGGACCCGACUGCAGGCUAGGCCCAGGUUGGCCCAGGGCUCACCACCGACUCGCAGAGGGAUGAGAGGCUCUUCGGGCCCCACAUCCCCUAUCCCCCAGACCAAGGAGAGCAGUGAGCCGGAGCUGGGACCCCGCUGCACACCACGGCUGCCUCAGGCCGGGCCCCCACGGCCCCGCUCCGCCCCCGCCUUUUCUCCUAUUUCCUGUAGUCUGUCUGACUCCCAGUCUCGGAUUUGUUAUAGUGGGGGGCCCUUGGGCCAAACCGAGGUUUGUUUUGUCCCUAAAUCUCCCCCAUUCACUGUUUCUCCCCGGGUCUGAUGACUUGACCUUCAAGCCCAGGGUAUGACUCCACAGUGGGGAACACAGUGACAAAUGUGCUAGUCCCCUUUUUCAGCUGCUGAUUCCAUGUGACAACUCUAUGUAACUUCUUAGAACACUCACCACACUGUUCUGAGACACUGCAAAGCAUUACCUUGAGACAGGACAAAGCAGGGACCUGCCACCCCUUCCCUCCCUCCACAGCACAAGAUUUUGGGACCACAAAAAAUAUAUAUAUUUUUUUAUAUUGGGGGGAGGGAGUAGAAAACAAAGUAGCCCCUAUACUGGGUCCUAUUCAGUGGCAGCUUCUUGUUCCAUAGGGUUAAGGAAGACUUUGAGGAAAUAAAAGUUGUUUGGAAAAAUCCAGGUGUAGUUGCUUUGUAUGUUGUGAUGGGUAGAAGGGAUGAAGUGAAGUGUGAAGGCCCC